UAUCUUAUUGCAGCCAUUGGGUGGCCUCAACCUUGCCUAUUUUCUUUUUCAGUUUCAGAGAAAUCCCUGCUCUCUGAGGAACUUCUAAUUCCUUUUGAGUAUGUGUGAUCUGAAAGUCAUCAGAUAGACACCACCACUCCAAAGGACUUACUGCUCCUGUGAUGAGCUACAUCUAACACUAACAUGUACUGGAAAUGGAUCAUAGUAAUCAUGUUGCUGGCCCUCAUGAAUAUCUUGCUCUAUGAGAAAAUCUACCAGGGUGAAUAUAAGCAUUUUGAGAUGGAAAAGACAGAAAUCCUUCAGCAGACAGUUCAGGAACAAAUCAACUCUGAAAUCAGUAACCACCUGAAAGUCUUCAGGGAGAUGCAGAAAAACUCCCCUCUACUCCAGCAUGCCAACUACACACUCCUGGCUGGAGCCCUUCCCCAGGAAAAGAAACUGCUGACAGUGGGCAUUUCCUCAGUACAACGCCCCCAAGGGAGCUACCUCCUGGACACCCUGCAGUCCCUGUUCCAAGUUUCCUCAGAAGCUGAGCUGAAGUCUAUAGUGGUGCUGGUGCACCUGUCAGACCCUGACCCUGAGUGGCUCAGCCAAACAGUGGCCAAUAUUUCAGGCCUCUUUGCACUACACAUUAAGGCCAAGAACCUGUUUGUGGUCCACGGGCUUCUGGAUGACUCCUCAUUGAGGAACAUAAACCAAUCCUCACCCUGUGAAGAACUUUAUUUCAGGCAGAAAGUGGAUUAUGCCCUCCUCAUGAACUUUGCAAGCAACCUCUCUGAUUACUUCCUGUUGAUGGAUGAUAAUAUUUUUUGCACCCCUAAUUUUGUUUCUUCCAUCUCUCGGGCAUUAUCAGCCUGGAAAGAAUACCCUUGGGUGGUCCUGGAAUUCUCCAGCCUGACAUUCUCUGGGAAAGUGUUCCACUCCAGUGACCUCUCCCACCUGGCCUCUUUCUUCCUCCUCUUCCUCAAGGACACUCCCACUCACUUGCUUCUGACAAAUUUUGGUUUCCUCUUGGGCCAGACAGCUCCAAUUAGCCUUACUCCCAAACUCUUCCAUUCUUGGGACAAUGGUUUUAUUUCUGAGGAUUCUUGUUACAAAGAGAAAGAAGAGAAAAAGAAGCUUGGUAAGCCCAACAAUCCUCCUGCCCGUAUCUACACUGACAUGUUCUUCCGAGACUUUUUUCUCCCAGAAUAUGCCUACUCUCUGGACCUCAAGUACUUCAAGACUCAACAUGUCUUCACAGGCCAGACCUUUACUGUGGUUUUUAAACAGUCUUACAAGGUGAUCCAGAUAGAAGUCGUUACAGGGAUUGGUAUAUGGGGGAUAUGUCGCUUGGAACAUGGGCAGGUAGAAUUGGGUUACCUUCCUAUAGGGAAAGGACAUAUCUGUAACCGCUAUGUCCUGCUAGGACCAUUGGUGAAAGGCCAGCUCAAUCAGGAGGUAUAUCAAGACAAAGACUUUGUGGAGGAAGUAAGAUGUGUGCGACUGCUAGUGACAGCCCCCCAGCAAUCUAAUUUAUGUAUUAUAGGGAUUCAUAUCUGGAUUCAUGUCUGACAAAGUAGAAAUAAAAUGGCCAGUGUGGGCUCUGAAAGGAUCAGGUUUGGGAAUGAAUCUAUGUCAAGGAAUUAAAGGUUUUAAAUUCA